AAACGAACUAAUACCGAUUGUCAAGUGGUGGUGAACAAACACAAAGGCGCGCACACACUUAACGUUGUAUGUUUGUGUGUGUGUAUACACACACACACACACACAUAUACAUAUAUAUAGGGUUAGGGUUACCUGGAUAUGCAUCUAUAUAUAUAUACAUGUAGAUGUAGGUAUGUACAUAUAUGUAUGUAUACAUGCAUAUGUUUAUAUAUCAUUUGUAUUAUAUAUAUAUAUAUAUACACACACACAGGAUGAACUUCUUCCAGUUUCCGUCUUCUCUACAAUAUCCACUCCCAAGGCUUUGGUCGGCCCGAAGCCAUAUAAUAAAAGACAUUUGCUCAAGAUGUCGCGCAGUGGUACUGAACCCAGAACCAUGUGGUUAGGAAUCUAACUUCUUACCACAAAGCUGCGCUUCUUGAAUAAUAUUUCCAACGUGCGUACGUGCGUGUAAAACUGUCUUACAUGAAAGUUAUUUAAUAUCUCACUGGAAUGAAGAGAUAGAAAUGAAAGAUCUCUCUCUCUCUCUCUCUUUAUAUAUAUAUAUAUAGAUAUAUAUAUAAUGAGCAUGCUAGAAAAAGUUGCUGAAUGCACAGGUAAUUUGACUUGCUGAUACUUCAUAAAAAUAACAAAUGUUAAGUGUAUGUCCGUACUAAACGGCAGCUGAAUGGUUAUCAUUCAUGUAUUGUAUUGUGACUAGAAUAAACCCUAAAUGUUCAUUCAAUCGAGUUCAGCACUCCUCUACCAUGGCAAUCACCUCUGUACAGUUUAUAUCAUCAUCAGCAUCAUCAUUCGUUUUAAUUCUGAUCUGUUUCAUUGCCAGAUAUAAUAAAUGGGAAGAGUUGGGAAUUUUGUUUCUUUAUUUGUUAGUGUAUUGAAUAGACAUGACAGCACGAAGGGUGAUUGAUUAGCAGAAUCGGUAGGAGCCUCCACCUGGUUGUACAUCAUGCUAGAAAUAGCAAGCAAAUCUCUGUCAAACCAUACCUUAAUCAUCGUAACAGAAUUGAAAUUCUGAUGGGACAGUUAUGGCGGGAAUGCGGUUGAGCGACUUGCUAGAAAUAGCAGUUAAAUCACCAUCAAACCACACUUUACCAUCUUAGGAAAACGAAAGAUGCAUUAAACGAUGUGGUCCUUGAUAUAAAAAGGAGGGGGGAUCAUAAUGGCCGGAACGGUGGGAGUCUCUACGUGGUUGCACGACUUGCUAGAAAUAGAAAUAGAAACAAGAUCAGUUUCAAACCACACACUUUCAUUAUCUUAACAAAAUGAAGGAUACAUUAGACAUUGUGGUCCUUGACAUACAAGAAAGAGGGACAGUCAUGGUUGGAACGCGGUUGUGUGACCUGCUAGGUGUAGCUGCUAGAUCUCUCUCAAACCACACGCACCUUUACUAUCUUAACGAAAUGAAGGAUACUUUAGACGAUGUGGUCCUUAAUAUACAAAAAUGCAGGAUAGUUAUGGCUUAAACAGUAGGGGCGUUUCGGCGGAUGCGCGACCUGCAAGAUAUAGCAGUUAGAUCUAGCUCAAACCACGCACCUUUGCCAGUGUAACGAAAUGAAAAAUACUGUGGACGAUGUGGUUCUUCAUAUAUUAAAAAGCGGGAUGGGCAUGACUGGAGUACUAGGAACCUCUACGCGGUUGCUGACCUGCUAGAUAUAGCAGCUAGAUCUCCCUCAAGCUAUACACACACACACACACCUUUACUGUCAUACCGAAAUGAAGGAUACCUCGGACGAUGUGUCCUUGAUCUGCAAAAAACAAAAAACAAAAAAAAAAACGAAAAAACCCGAAGAAACAUGGAUUGUCAUAGCUGGAACGCCUUCCAUCAUAGGUCUGCUUAGACUUACAGCUAAGUAAUAUAACAACAGCGACAGCAACUACACGAGUUGUAUGUAAGAGUGUGAUAUAAGUCAACUUUGAACGACGUGGUCCUUGAUAUACAAAACGAUAGGGUUGUCAUGGUUGGAACUCCUUCGAUCAUACGUCUACUCAGACCUUAUGACUUUAUAGCUAAGUAAUAAUAAUAAUAAUAACAACAACAACCACAAUAACGGAAUACAAGUUGUAUGUAAGUGUGUUUGUGAUAUAAGGCUUCCAUAGUUUAUGUCAAUUAUAAGCAACGGUAGUUAUGUAAAGCCAAAAACUCUAUAUUGCUGUCAUGCUACAGCUGCUACACGCGUGGCAGUGAAGACGAGGCUACUAUUUGUCGGGCGAGAAAGUCGUCUGCAGUCGGCUUUUCAGAAAUUGACAUUACCGCAUUAGAUAUAUCACACAAAUAGCACAACAACCAACCCAGUGGUUUUUACGAUUAAUAUAGAUAUCAACAUCUCUUUUGUUGCUGUUAUUAUUCCUGUAUUUUUUUUCUUCCCCACUCUUGCUUAAUUAUUUCAUAUUUCAAACUAAGAUUCUAAAAUUGCAUUAUAAACUACUUUCAUUGAUUGAAACAAAUAUAUAUGUUUUUUUCUUCUUCAGUGGAUGAGAAGAGAAGUAUAUUAAAUAAUUUGCAAAUCGCUUUUAUUAAGGAUUAAAAAAAAAAAAAAGAAUCCCCUAACCCCAGAAGGAGAGGUAUGUCAGUGAUGAAGAUGAUGACCAAAACAAACGUGUACUGCGUUUAUAAUUAUGGUUUCACUUGAUAAAGAAAGGUUGUAUUUCCAAAUAAGUCAAGGAAAGAAUAACCAAAAUCAAAUAAGGUUCUUUAACUUAAUUUAUUUCUAUUUUUAUAUAUUUUUUCUCCCCGCGAUCUUCCUAUAUUCAUAAGUUAUUGUCAUCUUUUAAGAAUAAUUACAAAAAUAUAUAUAUAUAUCAAAAUAUCAAACCCAAUCAAGGUAGAAAAACACAAAAAAAGGCCGUUGUUUAGAAAACACUAGAAACCAGAAUGGUAUCUCAGGCGGAUUUUCAAGUACCACCUCUUCCUCCUCGAUAUCGCUUCAGGGAUUUAAUUUGGGGUGAAUCUGGACAUCAGGACGAAACCAGGGUUAGAGUAGAAUUUUUCACAAAUGAAAAGUCUUUUAAGGAAAGAUUGCAACUUUAUUUCAUAAAAAACCAGAGAUCAAGUUUACGGAUUAGGAUUUUCAAUUUGGUUAUCAAAGUAUUAACAUGCGUCUUAUAUGUAGUGCGAGUAAUUACAAAUGGACAGUCUUCUUACGGCCAAUGCAGUACUGAGUCUGAUGUUGGUUGGUCAUCUAAUUCCUCUGACAUAGACAGCCUAACCAUAGGGCCCAGUAUUUGUCGAAAAGAAACUGACUCAAAUGAAUCUACAAGUAUAAAAUGGGAAGACAUAUUCUGGGUAAAUCGCUCACAAGGGUUAUGGAUUUGUCAGUUAACAGUUGCAACAAUUAGUCUCACAGAAACAGUCCUAGUUCAGUAUUUAAGUUAUAAGGGUAAUAUCUUACAACAAAUUCUGUCAGUGGAAUUCAUCUUAGAAUUAAUAAAUACAGUGCCCUUUCUCAUCACAAUAUUUAGUGUUCAGUUACGGAACCUUUUUAUCCCAGUAUUUUUCAACUGCUGGCUUGCAAAAUCUGCCUUGCAAAAUAUGUUUAAUGAUCUCCACCGUGUAAUGCAGAAAUCUCAAUCAGCUCUCGGACAGCAGUUAAUGAUCUUAUGUGCUACAUUCUUUUGUUUGGUAUUUACAAGUGCAUGUGGAAUACAACACCUACAACGAGGUGGUGUUAAACAAUUAGAUCUCUUCCAAGCCUUUUGGUUUGUUAUAGUUACUUUCUCAACAGUUGGAUAUGGAGAUAUCAGCCCAGAUAUCUGGCCUAGUCAACUAUUUGUUAUUAUAAUGAUUUGUACAACACUGAUUGUACUUCCUAGACAAUUUGAACAGCUCGCUUAUACAUGGAUAGAAAGACAAAAACAGGGUGGGACAUACAGUAGUCAUCGGGCACAAACAGAAAAACAUGUGGUUGUUUGUACAACAACUUUACAGGCAGAUACUGUUUUAGAUUUUCUAAAUGAAUUCUAUGCACAUCCUAAACUUCAGGAUUACUUUGUAGUGCUAUUAUCACCAUGUGAAUUAGACCCAACAAUGAAGAUGCUGUUACAAGUACCUUUAUGGGCACAAAGAGUCAUCUACAUCCAGGGAUCAGCUUUAAAAGAUUCUGAUCUUGCUAGGUGCAGAAUGCAAGAUGCUGAGGCCUGUAUGAUAUUGGCUGCACGGAACUAUGCAGAUAAAAAUGCUGCUGAUCAACACACAAUUCUUAGAUCAUGGGCAGUUAAAGAUUUUGCACCAUUAUGUCCUUUAUAUGUCCAGAUUUUCCGACCUGAAAAUAAAUUCCAUGUUAAAUUUGCCGAACACAUUGUUUGUGAAGACGAAUUCAAAUAUGCUCUUCUUGCCAAUAACUGCCUUUGUCCAGGGACAUCAACAUUUGUGACCCUCUUAUUACAUACAUCUCGAGGAUUAGAAGGACAAACUUCAAAUGCUGAUUGGCAUCGUCUUUAUGGUAGGGGAUCAGGAAAUGAAAUAUAUCAUAUAAAACUUGGGGACAGCAAAUUCUUUGGAGAAUAUGAAGGCAAAAGUUUCACUUUUGCUUCCUUCCAUGCUCAUCGAAAAUACGGAGUAAGUCUUGUUGGAAUUCAGCAGGAUAUUCAUAACUCAACCAUCCAAUUAAAUCCAGGACCAAGACAUAUCAUGAGAAGUUCUGACAUUUGUUUCUACAUGAAUAUUACAAAAGAAGAAAAUUCUGCUUUUAUUCUUGCACAUCCAAAUCAAGAGGAUCCAAAAGGAGAUAAAGCUCGUCUCCCUCAAGGGGCAGAACAGGCUUCCAGAGUGGCGAGUAUGAUUGCAAGUGUAGGUACUGUUGCAUUAGAACUACAACAUACAAAAGUCAACUCUCCAAGGUCCUGUUUAAACCGACAAGACAGUAAACGAUCACCAUUAGACUUACCAAAAGAAUUAAAUAUCCAAAGUCUUCAAAAACGGCCAAGCAUUGCUCCAGUUCCUGCCGUGCUUGAUUCCAUCAAUAUUCAUCUAAGGAUGGGGGACUCCGACACUGAUUCAGAAGAAACAGAUUAUUCAGAAAGUGAACAGACAGAUGGUAACUGGAGUAAUAGUAUACACUUAGAUUACAUUCGAGGAUUCCCUCCAGUUACACCAUAUAUUGGUACAAGUCCCACUUUAUGUCACCUUCUAAGAGAAAAACGGCCACUUUGUUGUUUGCAGUUAGCUACGACAUGUGAGCAUUGUAGUUAUAACAAUGCAAAAGAUUACAACUGGCCAAAUCGUGCAAUUAUUAUAGCUGCUGAUAAUGCUAGUAAUGGUUUGUACAACUUUAUUGUGCCUCUCCGAUCUCAUGCUCGUCCUAAACACACUCUCAACCCAAUAGUAUUGCUUUUGGAAAAAAAACCAGAUACUAAUUUCUUAGAGACAAUAUGUUACUUUCCAUUAGUCUACUGGAUGUUAGGAUCGAUAGAAUGUCUAGAUGAUCUUCUUAGGGCAGGCAUCACGCUUGCUGAUAAUGUGGUCAUUGUGAAUAAAGAAAGUUCAAAUUCAGCAGAAGAAGAUACCUUAUCAGAUUGUAAUACAAUUGUUGCUGUCCAGACCAUAUUCAAAUUAUUUCCUAGUGCUAAUAUCAUCACAGAAUUAUCACAGUCAUCCAAUAUGAGAUUUAUGCAAUUCCGAGCAAAAGAUUCUUAUUCAUUCCAAGUUUCCAAAAUUGAAAAGAAAGAGAAAGAGAAAGGAUCCCAUAUGUACUACAUGUUCAGAUUACCAUUUGCAGCUGGCAAUGUCUUUAGUGCAAGUAUGUUGGAUACUUUAUUAUAUCAGGCAUUUGUAAAAGACUAUUUGAUAACAUUUGUUCGUCUGCUACUUGGUAUUGACCAAGCAGUGGGAUCUGGCCACUUAUCUUGUAUGAAGAUAGCAAAAGAUGAUUUAUGGAUAAGAACAUAUGGACGGCUGUACCAGAAACUUUGCUCAACAACAUGUGAAAUUCCUAUUGGAAUUUAUCGGACGCAACAACUCGAUGGAUCUGAUACAAAUUCAGUUUCUUUAAGUAUGAAUCAUGAAAAUGAAGAGCAAUCUACCUACCAUACAAAUACAACUCCUGAACGUCAAGAGAUUGCACAGAUGGUUAGAUGCCGGAUGGCUCAUCUUAAUCUUCCAUUAAAAGAUUAUAAUGAUUGUGGUGAAAAGAAAAAUUGCUUAUCAUAUGUUAUCACUAACCCCAGUUAUGACACAAAAUUAGUUCUUGAUGAUAUCAUAUAUCUUAUUCGACCGAGUUCAUUGUCCCCUCACCCCUCGCCACUGGUAGAUGAACGCAAACUGUUGAAGAAAAAUCAAAUAGUAAAAGAUUCUAAGCUACACAGCCUCAGUGAAAGAGGUGAGCCAACAGGGGCAGACAACUCAGAUACCGAUGAGAAUUCAGACAACAAACUAGGGCCUUUCCCUCAUUUCAGGAGAACAAGGAUUUCAACCAUACUGGAAGACAACAGUAGGAUACCAGUUGAAUAUACUCACAGUGAUGAAGAGGAGGAGGACACAGCUAAUAUUGAAGAUUCUAAAGAUACUGAAGAUGACAUUUCAGAAUCUGAUGCUGAAGAAGAGACAAGUUGUAGCAGAGAUGGCUAUAAAGGAAUACGAGGAACUGUUGUUUGAAGUAAUAUAGAUUGAAAUUCUUUGAGUAUGCAAAACUUGGAAUAUUUAUCUUUUGCUUUUUAUCUAAAACUUAUCUGGAUAAUGCUCUUUCUCCCCUGCUGAUUGUGAAAGGUCAUAAAUCUUAAACUGUUGUAUAUCAUCAAUAAUAAUAUACUCCAGAACACAUAUUUAUAUAUUGAACAGCUUUUUGAACAUGCUGAACAUAUUCCUCCUGUUGAGUGAAUAAUGAAAAAUAAAUUAUAAAUGAAAGAAAAUCUCAAAACCUUAUCAAAAAUUUUUUUAAAAAAACACAUUUUUUUCAAAAAAUUUAACUUCCAUAUUGCCUAUAUUUUGAAUUUUUUCCAUACACCCAUGCGAUAUUUAUUUCCUAUUUUUGAUACCAAUUUGUGGCUGUGCUGGCACAGUUUUGAUGGCCUCUUAACACUGCUUUCUUCACAUCAAUAAAGUUGCCCUUAUUGUUCAUUAUACAGUGAGUGCAGCAACUAACUAACUCUCGAUCUACAACAGAUCUAUGUUUUAUCAGUGACUACUGGUCCCAGUACAUGAACAAUAUGUGUAAUACCUCAUGCUGAUAUGUAUCAGUUGAAAUUUUGAAAUUUUCCGAAAGUCAAAGAACUAUUUUAACAUUCAAAAAUUGUGUAAAGGUAAUUGAACAAAAUAUGUAUUUAUUUAAUGAAAGAGAUUUUUAGUAUCUCGAUCAAUGUUAGUAUGCUGGAAGAUAUUCAACCCAACAGUUUUGUGUUCUAAAAUCAUUGAAUCACUUACUUAGAAGCUAACCAUAUGAGAUAUGAUUUCUGUUAAAAUUAUAUAUGUGGUCCAUAGCACUGAUGACAAAGAAGGAACAUAUACAGAUUGAAUUAUUUCCAUUUAUAGACUAUGCAAUUUUAAGGCAAAUACCUAACCCUUCUUUCAAUAACUGUGGGUGCUGACUUUUUUCAUUCCCCAGUUGAUUGUUUGAUAUUCCCUUUAUUAAAUGGUUUUCUGUAGGAUUUUUUUUUCAUCCUUUCUAUUUAGAGUUGGUAUUGAGAAAAAUAUUGAAUACUGAUGAAUUAUUCUUUAAUAUAAAGUGUAUUAGCAGUAUUUGCAAGAACCUCUUGUCGUGGAUCUAGGAAAGCAUCUAUUCUAAUAACAUCCAGUUAGUAUUCAGAAAGAUUUCCUAAACCAUCUUAUUCAGUGUUCUUUUGAUCAGUAAUCUAAAACACAAAAAAUUAGCAACUUUCAGCAUCAUAUAAGCUAUAGUUAGUCUUUUUAAAAUUCUCCCUCACUAAAUUUUAGAAGUCAGAAAUAUCAGCAUUUAUUAAUGAAAGACUAUAAGGAAAAUAAAUUCUGUUAUGAUUGACUUUAUGUAAGUAUAAUGUUUUAAAAUGCAUUUUAAUAUUUUAGUUUAAAAUAUUAACAAACUAAGAUAUGUACAUGUAACU